UUUUUGUAUUAUCUCUGAAUAAAAUAUACCUAGUAACAGACACCAAAAGCUCUUUUAAAAUGAAUAAAUUUAAUUUAGAAAAUGUUCUGUCCUUCAUAUAUGGGCUCUCAGUACUUCAAAUAGGCCGAUGAGCUUAUAAAAAUCUAUUAUACCCCAACCCAACUAACUUACCCUUUUUUGUGGUUACCCAAAGUGCCCUUUCUCUUUUCCGAACUUGACCGACCAGACCACUUGCUCGUCUUUCUUCUCGUUUCAAAUCCACCAUUUCCUGUGUUACUCCCCUUCCCCUUCUUCUCCAAUUUGAGGCUCAGAUCAGCAACAGAAGACCAGAACGACGACGUUCUCGCAGCACCCAGGUUAGCUAUGGAAGAAGAAGAAGCUUCUCUUAGUAAUGACCAAUUGCCCGAAGGGAAAUGCAACGGUGAGGCUCUAAAAGAAAGAGAUAGUGGACCAAUUGAAUUAGAUGGUCAAAAUGGUUUACCUGAAGGAAAGAAAGAAUUUGUUGCUCCAGCUGUUGGAAUGGAGUUUGAAUCUUAUGAUGAUGCAUAUAAUUAUUAUAAUUGCUAUGCAAAAGAAGCUGGUUUUUGUGUCAGGGUUAAGAAUUCUUGGUUUAAGCGGAACAGUAGGGAGAAGUAUGGUGCUGUACUUUGUUGUAGUAGCCAGGGUUUUAAAAGAGUCAAAGAUGUUAACCGUCUUCGAAAGGAAACUAGAACUGGUUGUCCUGCUAUGAUAAGGAUGAGAGUUAUGGAUUCGAAAAGAUGGCGGGUGCUUGAGGUAACGCUUGAACAUAAUCACUUACUAGGUGCCAAGAUUUAUAAAUCUAUUAAGAAGAUGGGCUCUGGAACGAAAAGGAAGUUGCAGUCGAGUUCUGAUGCUGAAGUGCGAACAAUCAAGUUGUAUCGGGCAUUAGUAAUAGAUGCUGGGGGUAAUGGGAAUCCAAAUAGCAAUGCAAGGGAAGUUAGGAAUUUUUCCGAGCAUCCAAAUCAGCUCAAUCUUAGAAAGGGUGAUUCACAAGCCAUUUAUAACUACCUUUGCCGUAUGCAGUUGACCAAUCCUAACUUCUUUUACUUAAUGGAUUUGAAUGAUGAAGGGCAUUUGAGGAAUGUAUUCUGGGUUGAUUCACAUUGUAGGGCAUCUUGUGCCUACUUUGGCGAUGUCAUUUAUAUUGACAACACAUGCUUGUCUAAUAGAUAUGAGACUCCCCUUGUGGCACUUGUUGGAAUAAAUCAUCAUGGCCAAACUGUGUUAAUGGGUUGUGGCCUGCUUGCAGGUGAGACAUCAGAGUCUUAUACUUGGUUGUUCAAAGCAUGGCUUACAUGCGUGUCAGGACAGUGUCCUCAAACCGUUAUUACAGACAGAUGCAAGGCUUUGCAGAAUGCGAUUGCAGAGGUCUUUCCAAAAUCUAACCAUCGAUUCAGUUUGUCACACAUAAUGAAAAAAGGUCCGGAAAAAUUGGGAGGAUUGCGUAAUUAUGAUGCAAUCAGAAAGACAUUUGUUAAGGCAGUUUAUGAAACUCUGAAAGUGAUUGAAUUUGAAGCAGCAUGGGGAUUUAUGGUCCAGCGUUUUGGUAUCACUGACCAUGAGUGGCUUCGAUCUUUAUACGAAGAUCGAGCUCGGUGGGCUCCGGUUUACCUAAAGGAUAUAUUUUUUGCUGGAAUGUCUUCUUCAAGGCCAGGCGAGAAUGUGAGUCCUUUUUUUGAAAAAUAUGUGCAUAAACAAACUCCUGUGAAAGAAUUUCUUGAUAAGUAUGAAUUAGCAUUGCAAAAGAAGCACAAGGAAGAAACUCUUGCUGAUAUUGAGUCAAGAAACUCCAGCCCCGCGUUGAGAACAAGAUGUUCAUUUGAGUUGCAACUCUCCAAAUUGUACACCAGAGAAAUAUUCAAGAAGUUCCAAUUUGAGGUGGAGGAGAUGUAUUCUUGUUUUAGUACAACACAGUUACAUGUUGAUGGGCCUAUCAUAAUAUUCUUGGUCAAGGAGCGAGUGUCGGAUGAAGGAAAUAGGAGGGAAAUUAGGGACUACGAAGUACUUUAUAAUAGAACGGCCAGUGAGGUUAGAUGCAUUUGCAGUUGCUUUAACUUCUGUGGAUAUCUAUGUCGGCAUGCAUUGUGUGUGCUUAACUUCAAUGGUGUGGAGGAGAUCCCUCCCAAGUACAUUCUCUCACGAUGGAAGAAGGAUUACAAGCGCUUAUAUGUUCCAGAUCAAGGUUUCAAUAAUGUUGAUGUUGUUGAUCGCAUUCAAUGGUUUAAUCAGUUAUAUAGAAGUGCCUUGCAAGUUGUGGAGGAAGGGGCAAUUUCUUUAGACCAUUACAAAGUUGCAUUGCAAGCUUUUGAAGAGUCAUUGAAUAGAGUUCAUGAAGUAGAAGAAAAGCAAGAGUAGGAGACAUUGUGAAGGUACAGGAUUUUUUGUAAAUAAAAAAAUUGGUGUCUUGUGUCUUAAUCCACCCACCUUAUGUAGUUGAGGUUUAGUUCAAUUGCUCCUUUUAUGCAGAGCAUUAUCCUAAAUGGUUUAGCAUGUAUAUAAUUUCUCAUAAAUUUGCAUUAUUAACCAUAUUCUAAAGGGUUUCCCACCCUCAUUUAUUCCUUAAUAGACAUUACUGUACAAUUCUAAUGAAGUUUUUCUUGGAAAAGAAAAAGG